AUGGACAAUCAAAAACAUCACAAAUCAACUCAUGUAAAUAGCCAAACACCAAUCCAAUCCCCAUCCCAAACACCAAUUCAAACACCAUCCCAAACACCAAUCCAAACACCAAUUCCAACACAAUCCCAAAUACCAAUCCAAACUCCAUCUCAAUCACCAAUCCAAUCUCCAACCCAAACACCAUUCCAUACUCCUAUUCAACACAACACUACUGUGCAAUCAACGGAACAAUCAAAACCGGCAAAAGAAAUUGUCGUAAUCUUUGAAAUCGAUAACAAUUACAACUCGCAGAUUCAAGAUUAUAGACAACAACAACAAAUCAACUAUUUACAACAACUUUCACAAACACUGCAACAACAAUCUCCACCACAGUCAGAAGCAGCAGCAUCAAAUGAUGUAGAAAUGACAUCACAUGAAGAUCCUAUCAUGGAACAAGUUGAGGAAACUGACGAUGCAAUGGAGAUCGAUCGAUUCUGUAUUCCAUAUGAAAAGAUCAAGGACCAGUUGAAUACCGCAGAAGAAGACGAAAACAUGAACAAUGCCGGUGACUUCUUAUCCAAUUGGCCAUCUCUACGAGAACUUAUUAUAAGAAUUCCAUGCCUCACAGCCAUAGCGGACUAUGGACAGCUCUUCUCCACUCUACUCAUUAAGAACCCAUUAUCAAACCUGGUCAAUUCAUACAAAGAAUGUGAUCUUUCUAGAUUUUAUUUUGUAGAUUGGCAAAGUGAAAGAUACCAGCUUUAUCCACUAUUCAAGGAAUCGAUAGAAAUUAAAGCUCACAUAUCGUGUGUUGAACCAUUUCUAUUUGAUAUCUUUGAGAAUUUGAUUGAAUCUUUCAUAACAUUGAUAAAUAUGUCUGUCCCUGUGUCUGGUACGGAGUGCGGUACUGUACCUGGUACACUUUCCGAUAGUAAUUAUUUGCAAGAUGGAUUGAGACUCACCUUUAACAAUCUAGAAGGUUUGAUCGAUUUUGGUUACAACGAUUCUUCUGUUUCCCAUUACUUCGCAAACGGAAAUAUCUUCUUCUACACUAGAUAUCCCGUGCCUGUCCACUUUUAUUUCACUUAUAGUGAUUGCAACAAGACCUAUGACCGGGACCUUAGCUUGAACAUCCCGAAUCUCGAAGUGACCCAACCAAAUUGUCUAUUUACCAAUGCCACUGUUACCCACCAUACCACUACUAUCUAUGAAUAUUACUAUGUAUAUGAUCCAUUUACAAGCAAAACCUAUAAAUAUCAACCCGGAAGUGUGCCUAUGACAAUGACUUUCCCUGUUUAUGGAGUAGGUUCAUACCGUGUUAAUAUUGGACUAUUCACAGAUAACAACUUUUUUGGUGUACAAGUGACACCCCAACACGAUUUAAUACCUCAAAUCACACUCACACAUACCAAUUACUCAAUAGAUAAUGGUAUUGUUAAAAUCGAAAAUCUCAACCAAUUCACUGAUAUCCAAUUGACCAAUGCCAGUGGUGCCAACAUAGCUGCCAGCUCCUCCGGCCAAUUUACAGGUUUGGCCAGUGGAACCUAUUAUAUAAUUGCACAAUCACAAUUGUGUGGUACUCAAAGUGUUAGUUUGGAAAUCGAAGUAAUCAGUCCCAUACCAAUUGUCAACUUGAUACCUACUCAGUGUGCAACACCCACUUUUGAUGUCAAUGUGACAGUCUCUCUUGAAGGUAUUUCAGACGAUCAAGUUACUUAUCAAUUCAACGGUAAUCAGUACCAAGCUGGAGAUGUCCAUCUCCUUCAGCCAUCGGAUUACACCUUCACAUUCGCGAUCCAGGGUGGAUAUAGUUUCAUUAAAGUUCUCAAAAUACCACGUCCAGUCUCUAGUGAGCUUCCCCUUACCUACAGUAUCGACCAUCCUCUCAGUUGUCUCUCAAACAGUGCCGUCCUCUUUAUCAAUUACACCGGUGACUACCAAGAUAUUAAAGUAAAUGGCGAGGUAAUCGCUGCCAACUUUAGAAGAAAUGUAAACUAUGGAGAUACCUAUUCUAUUACCAAGGAGUGUUCCUCAUUUAACGACAUACUCAACUUCCCAUUCGCCACACCCAAUGUCCAGUUUUUCACCGAUGACUUUAACUAUGCAACCUGCUAUUCAAACUUUACUGUAACAGUUUCCAAUUAUGAAUUGUUCAACUCUAUGGUACUUGUCGAUAAAUACAACAAUAUCAACUACACUGCCGUUGAUGGUACUUUCAAGAAAGUUCGUGCAACCGACAUCUUAACUGUAUUCUACACAGAGAAAGGAUGUCAAAAUGAACAAAGUUUUGGUUUUGAACUACCAAUAGCUCGUCUCGAACAAAGCGAUUACAGAUAUGAAAUUUCUAAUGCCGAUUUUAAUGGAUGUACCUCUCAGGUUGCAACAUUUACUCCCGUUGUUUUUGGUCGUCGUUAUGAUGAUGCAGCUCAGAACGUUACUUUUAGAUUUGGAGUUGAAAGUGUAGAUAUUCCAAGUUCAUACUAUUAUUGUAAAGAAUAUAAUUUUUCUGACACACCAUUGUAUCCAAAUAUGACAAAAAUUAAAUUCAACUCGGUCACUUGCCAAGAAUCAUUAACAGCACUUUCUUUUGAAUCCAAAACUACGAUCUCCAAUGUAUAUGUCGAUGACUGGUAUUAUGCCAAUCCAUCCGAUGCUAAAGUCACUGGUGGUAACCAUACUGUUACUAUCAACUAUGGAUCAUGUACUGAUCUAUAUCAAAUCUAUGUUCCAUAUACUAAAUUUAUAUUAAUUUUUGAAAUGUCAAUAAUUAUAGCAAAUGUUUUAAGUUAUAAUGUUGUACCACAAUCGGCAACCAAUUGCAGUUUUGAAACAGGUGCAAUUUACUUUAAUAACAUGAAUGAAUACACAUCGCUUAUUUUUGGUGGAGAUGAAAUUAGCAAUGUCACAGCUCUUUCUCCAGAUAGAUAUCUUUUUAGUUUCAAUCAUACGGUUUGUGGUCUUGGAAGAGUUUUUAUUGACGUUCCAAUGGAGGGAUCUUUCAAAAUUGAAACUUUCAUUGAACCCUAUUACAAUCUUGGUUACUUAAAGUAUUCAAUCAAUGACAGUAAUGGCGUUGAAAUCACGCCAGAAUCAGUUAGUACUCCUUUAUAUCACUACUCUAUGGCACAUCUAAUUGGUGAUAUCUCUGAUAGCUAUGUAAAAGGAUAUUUAUCAAGUGGAGAUUACUGCAAAUGGAACUUUGAAGUUACAUACGACGAAAACAGCCCAAAGUGGAAUGAAAACCAACUCACAAUCGAUUUAAUAUCCACUCCUUCCAAAUAUUUCGAUGGUAUAGCUACAGUUACUGAUGCUUUGAAGGGUGUAAUGCAUCAAAAUGAGCCAAGAUCUUUUAAUAGAUAUGAAUUCAUCUCUAAAAAUCUCAGUCUUAUUUAUGGAGUUAAAUCAUCUACUUAUUUCUUUACUAUAUAUAAUCAAAGAGGCCUUACUACUCUUAUAACAAUGAAACUUCCAGAUUCUUACCCAAACACUCAGUUGUAUAUUGGCAAGCAAAGUGUACCAUCAAACUCAUUCCAAACCAAUGCAUUCUUGCAAUACUCUGAGUUCUAUAGUAAAUCCAAGGGUGCUCUGCUGGUAGAAGAAGGAGGAAUUUUCUCUACUGCCAGUUAUGCUCCUUAUCCAACAGUCACAAUAGGAAAUCCAACUUGUUUGGGAGGAGAUGGUUUCCUCACCAUUUCAAACCCCGAUCCUAAUUACAUCUAUAGAUUGUACACCAACAUGGCACAAGGUGAACCCAGUUUGCACCCUGAAAUCAGUGAUGGUACCUACCUCAAUUUUACCGAUCUCAGCGCCGGUUCGGUUUAUAUUAACGUUGUAAACAAAGACAACUACAUGUGUACCAAUCAAUAUUCCACUGAUAUAAUGACAACUGAAUUCACUACUACAUAUACAGUCAAAAAUCAAUGUGUCGCCGGUAGAAAUGGAUCAGUUGUACUUUCCAGUUUCUAUGGAAAUAAAGCUGCCGAUGCCAUCUAUACUUUGAAUGGAGUUCAAGUUAGUAAUUCAUUGUCUCUAGGUGUAGGAAACUAUUCAAUCGUUUCAGACGUUGCCUCUGGAACAUGUAAAUUCGCUCUCCAAACAUUGUUCACUGUUGAAAGUAAUAUUAUCAGUUCAACAAUCAACUCACCAUCAUGUGGAACCAUCAACAUCGUUUCAACAGCAUCACUCAACGAUAGUUUAACUCUUGAAUUAUUAUAUUCAUCAAAUAACUCUGUGAUCACCACCUUGAAGAAUACCAAUAGAUACACAUUCAACAAUCUUAAUGGUGCUGAUUACUUGGUCAGAAUCACUGAAAUCUCUGGAUGUCAAUCAACCACACCUGUCACUGUAAAUGAUUGUCAAGUUCCAACCACAACAACCGCAACUUCAACCACAACCGCCACUACAUCAUCAACUACCUCUGACCCGAUAAAUAACUCAAGUAGAGUGAUUCCUCCAAUUCUUUUAUUUUUUAUUGAAAUGAAAUAUCUUAAUUGUAUAUUAUUAUUAUUUUGUGUUGGAAACUUUUUAAACCAUGUGCAUGGUAAUGAGUGUGAUACUGUACCAGGCACCUUACAGUAUUUCAAUUCAUUAACAAGCAGAGUAUCUUUAGUAUAUACGGAUUCCGAAGAUCUUCUCGGCUUUGGAUAUAACGAUUCAUCAGUUAGUCAUUUCUAUCAAGACGGUCUAGUCAAAUUCUAUGCAACACAGCCAGUAGCUGUCCACUUCUACUUUAUGUACAGUGAAUGCAACAGAACCUACAAUAUCGAUUUCAGCGACAAUCUAAUUCUUACUUAUCAUGUUGAAGACCACUUUUCGGAUAUAUCUUAUUCCUUUAACGUUGGAAGUAACAUCAGUUUUCCAGUGACCGGAUUUGGUGGCUACAAAGUUAUCAUUGAUUAUCCUAUGGGUGACACCGAUUUCAGUGUACUAGUCUUACCCGAGAGCGACAAAGUCCCACUUAUCUCACUCUCACAUUCCAACUAUUCAAUUGGAAAUGGUGCUAUUCAAAUUCAAAAUCUCAAUCAGUUCACCAAUGUUCAAUUGAUUAAUUCGAGUGGUGUCAAUAUCGCUGCCUCUGCUCCAGGUCAGUACUCUGGUUUGGUCAGUGGAACCUAUUAUCUAUCUGCUGUGUCGAAUGAGUGUGGUACUCAAUACAUUCCUUUAACAAUAAAACCUAUCUACCCAAAUCCGAUUGUCAAUUUAGUCGCUUCACAGUGUGGACAACCAAGUAUGGGUGUGAAUAUGUCAAUCACUCUUGAAGGUGUUCCCGACGAUCAAGUUACUUAUCAAUUCAACGGCAAUCAAUACCAAGCCGGAGAGAUACUUAACAUUUUACCAAAUGAAUACUUUUUUUCAUUCAACAUAAACAAUGAUCAAUAUUAUUUCAAUACAUUUGUCUUAAUCCCAAAUCCUAUAACAAAAGAACUACCACUUACCUACAGUAUAGACCAUCCUCUCAGUUGUCUCUCAGACAGUGCCGUCCUCUUUAUUAAUUAUACCGGUGAUUACCAAGAUAUUAAAGUAAAUGGAGAGGUAAUCGCUUCCAACUUUAAAAGAAAUGUAAACUAUGGAGAGACCUAUUCUAUUACCAAGGAAUGUUCCACAUUCCAAGACAGUAUCGCCUUCCCAUUUGCCGAACCCAUCAUCGAAUAUUACACCGAGGACUUCAACUAUGCAAACUGUUUUUCAAACUUUACUGUCAUAGUUUCCAACUAUCAAUUGUUCACUACUUUGGUGUUAUCUGACCAAUACUCAAAUAUCAACUACACUUCUGUCGAUGGUUCUUUUAAAAAUGUUCGAGCCUCAAACACCUUUGCUGUAUACUACCAAGAGAAAGGAUGCCAAAAAGAAGCAACCUAUACCUUCACGAUUGAUAUUAACCCUGUCGAACCCAGUGAUAUUCACUUUGAAUUGAGCAAUAACCAAUUUGAUGGAUGCGUCGAUCAGUUUGGUAGCUUUACUCCCAUUGUUUUUGGUCGUCGUUAUGAUGAUGCGGUUGUAAAUACAACUUUUACUCUGGAUAUUUAUAGUGCUCUCGAAAUUAUACCUCCAUAUUAUUUCUGUAGGGAAUUUAAUUUCUAUACUCCUUCUCCGCGUCCCAAUUUAUCAACUGUGGAUUUUGACAGUGUUGUUUGCCAAGAAUCAUUAACAAAAGUUCGUGUGAAUUCAAGUGUACAUGUCUACAGUAUUGGUGUAGAUUCUAACACUUUUACUGACAUCGACAAAACUGUGGUCUCUGGUGGCAAUCAUUCAAUUUUUGUCAAUUAUGGAUCAUGUUCUGAUGUAUUUGAAGUCUAUGUUCCAUAUACUAAAGGUAUAGUUUUAAAUUAUCCAUUUUUUCAAUUAAUUAUUCUUCAAUUUAUUAAUCUAUUAUCGAAUAUAAUUAUUAUAGCAAAUGUUAUAAGUUAUAAUGUUGUACCACAAUCGGCAACCAAUUGUAGUUUCCCAACAGCUGCUAUUUACUUUAAUAACUUGAAUGAUUUCAUCUCACUUUCAAUAGAAGGAGAAGAUGUGACUAAUGCCACAGAUAUCUAUCCGGGAACUUUUUUAUUUAAUUUCAACCAUAGUGUGUGUGGUCUUGGUGAAUUCUCAGUUAUUGUUGGAAUGGAUGGAACUUUCGAAAUUGAAACUUUCGUUGAACCCUAUUAUGGAUAUGGUUUAUUGAAAUAUACCAUUUUGGAUAAUAAUGGUUCGGAGAUCACACCAACUUUAGUCCAAGGAUACAACCACUAUCCAUUUGCUCAUCUGAUUGGUGAUAUCACAGAUGCAAGAGCGACUUCAUUUCUAUCGAAAGGAAACUUUUGCAGAUGGAUGUUUGAUGUUAGUUAUGACCCACAAGAUCCAAGAUGGGUUGAAGAUCCUCUAACCCUUAAUUUGACAAAUGAACCAUUACCUUAUGUGGAUGGAUUUGCUUCGGUCACUGAUGUUUUGGAGGGAAAGCCUCAUCAAAUCCAACCAUACGUCUCUGGAUCUGGAUUCAUCAACAGAGAGCUAACUCAGGUGUAUGGAGUUCAAGAUUCCACCUCAUUGAAUGUCUAUUACAAUUCCAAAAACUACCGUAUCAACUUAGAUGUGCCAUAUACAGAAUCAAUAACUGAUUUGUUUGAGCCUGUUAGUUACAAUUGCAAGAACUUAGAGAUAGUUAUGAAGCUUUCCGAUUCCAACACUGAUUACGAAAUGUUCCUUGAUAAUGAAAAGGUAGACACCAACUCAUUCAAAAUGAGUGUAUUCUUAGAUUCACCUCUAUAUUACAAAAAGUCCAGCGGAGUACUUAAAAUCCAACAGAAUGCUCCUUUCGGAAUCAAUAGUUUUGCUCCCUAUCCAACAAUUACCUAUGGAAAUCCUACAUGUUUAGGAAAAGAUGGUUUCGUCGCCAUUACAAAUCCCGAUCCUGAUUACAUCUAUAGAGCGUACUUUAAUAUCGAAGGAGACAAUCGUAAUCUACCCGAAAUUAGUGAUGGUACCUAUCUCAAUUUUACAGGUCUUGACAGUGGAAAUAUUGUAAUUGCUGUUGUCAGCAGAUACAACUACUUGUGUACCAAUUCGUUUGAUUUCGAUCUCAAAGCAACUGAAUUCACUACGACAUACAAUGUCAAAAAUCAAUGUGUCGCUGGUAGAAAUGGAUCAGUUGUACUUUCCAGUUUCUAUGGAACUAAAGCUGCCGAUGCCAUCUAUACUUUGAAUGGAGUUCAAGUUAGUAAUUCAUUGUCUCUAGGUAUAGGAAACUAUUCAAUCGUUUCAGACGUUGCCUCUGGAACAUGUAAAUUCGCUCUCCAAACAUUGUUCACUGUUGAAAGUAAUAUUAUCAGUUCAACAAUCAACUCACCAUCAUGUGGAACCAUCAACAUCGUUUCAACAGCAUCACUCAAUGAUAGUUUAACUCUUGAAUUAUUAUAUUCAUCAAAUAACUCUGUGAUCACCACCUUGAAGAAUACCAAUAGAUACACAUUCAACAAUCUUAAUGGUGCUGAUUACUUGGUCAGAAUCACUGAAAUCUCUGGAUGUCAAUCAACCACACCUGUCACUGUAAAUGAAUGUCAAGUUCCAACCACAACUACCACAACAUCAUCAACUACCUCUGACCCUAUCAAUAACUCAAAUAGAGUGAUUCCAUCACUUUUGCUUUUUAUUAUUGUUUUGCUAGUUUUAUUAAAUUAA